AAAUGUUUUUGCUAAAUUUGCAAGGAAUGAUGCCCAUGCAGCAGCAGGGCUUCCCCAUGGUCCAGGUCAUGCAGCCCAAUAUGCAAGGCAUGAUGGGAAUGAAUUUUGGAGCACAGAUGCCUGGUGCCGUGCCAAUACAGGGUGGGAUAGCAAUAGGCAUGCAGACCCCUGGGAUGCAGUUCAUGGGUCAGCCUCAGUUCAUGGGCAUGAGGGGCCCGGGGCCACAGUUCCCUGUGGACCUACAGAAGCAAAUGGCUGAGGAACAUCAAAAACGUCUGGAGCAGCAGCAGAGGAUGCUGGAGGAGGACCGGAAGAGAAGACAGUUUGAGGAGCAGAAACAGAAACUAUUCCUACUGAGCAACGUCAAACCCAAAACUGGGGAGAAGAGUCGUGACGAUGCUUUAGAGGCCAUCAAAGGAAAUCUGGAUGGGUUCAGCAGAGAUGCCAAGAUGCAUCCAACACCAUCUUCACAAUCUAAGAAACCAGACUCAUCGCCAUCCCAUUCCUCUGUCACCUCUCAUUCCCUUCCUCCUGCUUUCUCUGAUGACGACGAUGAGUUUAGUGACUUUGUGCAAGGCCCUGUUGAUGCCUCCUCCUCAUUCCCCUCUUCAUCCCUUUCUCCGUCCUCUCCUUCACUGAGAGCUGCUCAUGUUAGCCAGCCAUUAGAGAUGGGGCCUGGCCAGCAUCCCCCUUCCUCCCCUCUCCCUCACGCUGUCCCUUCAUCUCUCCCUGUCUCACCUGCCAUCCAACACUAUUCUGUCAUCUCCAGCUCCCAAUCUGCAUUCCAAGAGAUGGCUCCUGAGUCUCUACCCGCAACUCAGGCGCCCCCUGCAGCAGACAGCCCGCCCGUCCAGCCCACUAGCACCAGCGGUGUGGGCGUCUACCCCCAACAAGACAUGCAACCCAUGGUGCCAUCCUGGUUGUACAAUGACUCACUUAUCCCAGAGUUGUUCAAGAAGGUCCUUGAGUUCACUAUGACACCAACAGGUAUUGACACAGCCAAACUCUACCCAAUUCUAAUAUCAUCGGGUCUGCCACGGGAAGCUCUCGGACAGAUCUGGGCCUUGGCCAACCGCACCACACCUGGGAAGCUGACCAAGGAAGAGCUGUACACCGUCCUGGCCUUGAUUGGAGUUGCUCAGAGUGGUCUUACAGUCAUGAGUUUGGAAAUCCUGAGUCAGUUCCCCUCCCCGCCUGUGCCCAAUCUACCUGCCAUGACUAUGGCCAUUCCUGCUGUCCUGCCUCAGCACCAGCAGCCCAUCAUGACCCAGCCACCCGUGUCCAUGGCCAUGCCGGUCACUGCACCACCUGUCAUGGGCAUGACACUGAACCCACCUGCACAACAACCAGCCAGCUUAAUUACCAACUUCCCUCCUGUUCAGGCUACCAAGACUGAUGACGAUGAUUUCCAGGACUUCCAGGAAGCCCCCAAAGCUGGUGCUGGCGAUGACUCAUUCACCAAUUUCCAAGGAGAGACAGCAGGAGGGUUCCCCAGCAUGACGUCAUCAUCCCAAAGCGGUGUUCCUGCCAUGCUGACUCCAGUGUCAGGGUCUUCAUCAUCCUCCUCUUCUGAUAAAUAUGCAGUGUUUAAACGGUUGUCUGUGGAGCAGCCUGCAGAGCCCACACCUCCUGUCUCAGAUUCAGGUGACAAAUACAGUGUUUUCCGAGAGCUUGAGCAGCCAUCAGACAGAAAACCAGUUGGGGAGGGAUUUGCUGAUUUCAAGUCUGUCAGUGCCGACGAUGGCUUCACAGACUUUAAAACAGCCGAUACUGUCUCUCCAAUAGACCCACCAGACCAGGCCAAGUUCCAGCCAACUUUUCCUCCUCCUUUUUCUUCUUCUCAGUCUCUGUCCCAAUCACAGCCAGCCUCUCUGGCUCAACCUAGAAAUUCUCUCAAUAUGGCAGACCUGGACCUCUUUACAACAGUGGCUCCUCCUACUCCCACUUCGACUCCUGACUCUAAACUCAGUCAGUUCCCUUCAGCGCCACCAUCCCUGGUAUUGCCCUCAGUAGUGAAACCUCCCAGUGUAAGGACAGAUGACUUUGGUGAUUUUGCUCUUUUUGGCUCAUCAUCAUCCUCUGAAGUAGCUCCCACCACCUCUACAGUAGGAACAGGAACUGGAACAAUGGUUCAGGAUGACUUUGCUGACUUCAUGAUGUUCGGGAGCUCAAGAGAUCAGAGAAGCGAGACCAACUCUGGAGACGGUGGAAGUGAGGGCCAAGCGGAGACAUCUCAGCAGCAAAUCAGCACGGAUAAGUAUGAUGUCUUCAAGCGGUUUUCCUUAGAAGGUGGCCUGGCAUAUGACGAUAACACAGAAAGUGGUGGAGGUUCCUUUUCGUCGCUCAAGAGCGAGAAUGACGACUUUGCAGAUUUCCAGUCAUCCAAAUUCUGUAUGGUGCUAGGCGCAUCUGACAAGAGCCUGGUGGAUAAAGUGGCAGCCUUCAAGCAGGCCAAAGAGGACUCUGCCUCUGUGAAAUCCCUGGACCUCCCGUCCAUUGGGGGCAGCAGCGUGGGGAAGGAGGACUCGGAGGAUGCGCUCUCAGUACAGCUAGACAUGAAGUUGUCAGACAUGGGUGGAGACCUGAAGCAUGUGAUGUCUGAUAGCUCCCUAGAUCUCCCUGGUUUGUCAUCCCAUCAACCCCCAGCUGCAGAGUCUGACGAUUUAAAAUUUGACCCCUUUGGCACAUCUGCUGUCAGCAGUCUUGGCAGCUACGACUGGUCCGACAAGGAAGAUCUCUCGUCUGUUCAAAGUAAGAAGCUCCAGGGAGGACUGCCAUCUUCAGCUGUUGUCCAGAAGAAAGAGACCUUUUUCGGAAGUUCGGAGAGCAUCACCCACACCACGGUUGCAAAGGUGACCACCUUCCCAAUCGAAGAUGGUGGCUCCACCACCGAAAGCCGAUUUGAAACCUUCGCUGACUUUGGCUCCAUUGAGCAGGCCGGUCAAGAUGACGACGAUGACUUUGGUGACUUUGCCAGCAUGGUUUCGGAGAAAUCAGACUCCCCGCCUGGAACCAUAGAAGCAGAGGGCAACCAGGGUGAAUUAACGGAUGACUUUGGAGCCUUCCAAGGUGACAAGCCCAAAUUCGGCAAGUCAGACUUCUUGAAAGCCAGCACGCAGGGCAAAGUGAAAUCAAGUGAAGAGAUGAUCAAGAACGAACUCGCCACCUUUGAUUUGUCUGUGCUGGGUUCUCAUAAGCGUAGCCACAGUCUGGGAGAGAAAGAAAUUGUACGGUCCAUCCCCUCUCCUGCCCCCGAGCAGCCCUUCAGAGACCGAUCCAACACCCUAAAUGAAAAACCUGCGCUGCCGAUCAUCCGCGACAAGUACAAGGACCUCACAGGAGAGGUGGAGGAGAGUGAGCGAUACACGUACGAAUGGCAGAGGUGUUUGGAGAGAGCUCUGCAGGUCAUCACCACUGCCAAUAACACCCUUAAUGGCAUCAGUAGCUCCACGGUGUGCACAGAGGUCAUCCAGUCAGCACAAGGGAUGGAGUACCUGCUGGGUGUGGUGGAGGUGUAUCGCGUGACCAAGCGUGUAGAGCUGGGUAUCAAAGCCACGGCUGUUUCUUCAGAGAAACUACAGGAGCUGCUUAAAGGCAUCAGCCGCGUGUGGAACAACCUGAUGGGCUUCAUGUCGCUGGCAAACCUCACGCCCGAUGAGUGCUCACUGGACUUCUCCUCCUGUAUAUUGAGGCACGGCAUUAAGAAUGCCAAAGAGCUGGCGUGUGGAGUGUGUCUGCUCAACGUGGACUCACGCAGCAAGGCCUUUAAUUCAGAGACGGACAACUUCAAGCUCAUUUAUGGAGGUCACCAGUACCACGCCAGCUGUGCUAACUUCUGGAUUAACUGUGUGGAACCCAAACCUCCAGGUCUCAUCCUCCCCGACCUGCUCUAGAACCGAGCGCAGAGCAGCGCUGAACCCUGAGCCGCUGUCUGAAGCUCCAUGGAGUCCUUCAGAACUCUUCAGUCACUUUAGCUGUUUUGCCUUUGAAACAACAGUUCAGCUCUCAUCACUUGAAUUUGGGACGCAACUGUCUAGAUCUGCCAUUGUCUGUUAGAAGAUCAGAUAAAUUAUGUAGUACUGAAUAAUAGUUUAUUUAAAUAUUGUAAAUGUGUCUUUGUCUUUACCUUAUUAGAUCUGACUCUCAAGCACAAAAGUGUCUGGUCGGUUGAUUCUUUGCUGUUGAUUUCUCUACCAUGUGAAGUAAAUACUGCAGAGCUGUUAUUCAUGUUACAAAAAGCAGACUUGUAAUAUAAAAUCUAUAAAAUAAUAAAGGUAAAACAUUUGAAAGCAUCAAAAA